UCACUCACUGGCAUCUGUUCUCCCCACAUCCCCAAAGCCAAACCCGAGAGCGAGCGAGCGAGCGAGAGCAGCGGAAGGCAGCUGCAGCGGUAGCCGAGGCCCAACCGGAGCCAAGAUGCUGUCGUCUUCCACCUCCACCCUCCGCCUCCACCAACCAACCCGUCCCCACCGCCGCCACCCGCCGGCGCCGGCCGCGGGAGGCGCCACCCACCUCGCCCCCUCCCGCCGGUGGCGCGGGCAUCCCCCCGCGGCGCCGCUCCGCGCGCGGCCCCAGCGCAUCCGGGCGCUGGACGCCGCCCAGCCGUUCGACUACGAGUCCCGCGCGGCGGGGCUGCUGGAGGAGCGGCAGCGCCUCAAGAUCGCCAUCGUCGGGUUCGGCAACUUCGGCCAGUUCCUGGCGCGCACCUUCGCGCGCCAGGGCCACACGCUGCUCGCCCACUCGCGGACCGACCACUCGGCGCUCGCCGCCACGCUCGGCGCCUCCUUCUUCACCGACCCGCACGACCUCUGCGAGUGCCACCCGGACGUGGUGCUCCUCGCCACCUCCAUCCUCUCCGCCGAGGCCGUCCUCCGCUCGCUCCCCGUCCACCGCCUCCGCCGCAACACCCUCUUCGUCGACGUCCUCUCCGUCAAGGAGUUCCCCAGGAACCUCCUCCUCAGCUCCCUCCCGCCGGACUUCGACGUCAUCUGCACCCACCCCAUGUUCGGCCCGGAGUCCGCGCGCGACGGCUGGGACGGCCUCCCCUUCGUCUUCGACAAGGUCCGCGUCGGCGACUGCCCCGCGCGCCGCGCCCGCGCCGAGGCGUUCCUCAAUAUCUUCGAGCGCGAGGGCUGCCGGAUGGUCGAGAUGUCCUGCGCCGAGCACGACGCGCACGCCGCCGAGACCCAGUUCCUCACCCACACCGUCGGGAGGAUGCUCGCCAUGCUCGAGCUCCAGUCCACGCCCAUCAACACCAAGGGGUACGAGACGCUGCUCCGGCUGGUAGACAACACCUGCAGCGACAGCUUCGACCUCUACAACGGCCUCUUCAUGUACAACAAGAACUCCACCGAGCUGCUCAACCGCCUCGAAUGGGCCAUGGACUCCGUCAAGAAGAAGCUCUUCGACGGCCUCCACGACGUGCUCCGGAAGCAGCUCUUCGAGGGCUCGGCGCAGGCCCCCAACACCUCCAACGUCCGCAAGUGACCAUGGCGAAUUCGUCCCAGCUAAGCUAGUAAUUUAGUUCGUCGGUGCUUGCUGCUCGUUUCAUGAUCGUCGAGCUGUAUACAUUUGCAUUGUAUCAGUCUGUAUCUGUAUUCUCCCCAAUCUAGAUUUGAGAGGGGUUCUUCCUCUCUCUCUCUCUCUCUCUCUCUCUCUCUCUCUGGAAGAAGAAGAACCCCAUAUUCCCUGUCAAUUAUGCUACAUUCCAAGUGUCCCCUCCCCUCUUUGCGGUUGGAAAUGUGGUAGGUUGGCACUGUGAAAUUUGUGAUAUGGUGAUGAAGAAAGUGAAUAAAGGAGUCAUCUUUCCAUUGUGA